AUGUCCAAAAGGAAGCAGAAGACCUCCAACCCGGAGGUUGAAGUAUGCAUGCUGUGUCGCCGAGCAGAUGUUCACCCGGACGCCUGCGGGCCCAUGCUUGGCGAGAGCGGGCUUUGCGUCCACAAGUUUUGCUUGUUUUUUGCCGACGGCCUUUACGAACACACUGCCGGACAGAGGGCGGUUCUGCAGAUCCCCCUUGAUGCCAUCAGAUGCGCAAUCGAGGAGGCAGAGCAGAAGCACUGCUUCGUUUGUGGAGACAAGGGGGCCUCCAUCUACUGCGCAGAGACAGGCUGUGAACGCAGCUUUCAUCUGCCCUGUGCCACGGAUGGGGAAUGUGUCAUGCAGUUCUUUGGGCAGCACAGGUCCUUCUGCUGUGAGCACUGCCCUCAGCAGGCCGUGGAGGCAGCUCCAGAGCAAGACACAAACUGCGUCAUCUGCCUGGAGCCCGUGGCGGACAAAAAGUCCUACCACACCAUGGUGUGCCCGGUGUGCACACAGGCCUGGUUUCACCGGAGCUGCAUCCAGGCACAGGCCAUGAGUGCUGGCAUUCUGCACUUCCGAUGUCCCGUCUGCAAAGACAGGAUGCAAUUCCGGAAAGAAAUGCAUCUCCUCGGGAUCCAAAUCCCAGCCAGAAGACCAACAUGGGAGGACAAGGAGAGCUAUGAAACUCUGCACAAGAAACACCAGCGCUGUGAUGUCGGCGAGUGCCUUCACACAGAAGGCAGGGAGCAAGCAGAGAAACAUGGACCCUGGGAGCUGCUCCUGUGCACCUCGUGUGCUGCGCAAGGCACCCACCGGCUCUGCUCCGAUUUGAGCAACAGCCUGAGCAGCUGGGAGUGUGACAGCUGUGCUGGCGUGGGCUCAGCCUCCAGUGCCGAGUCGCAGCUUGCUGGUCCCAGCACUGCCAGCCAGGAGGCGCCGGGGCCAUCUCACAGCUCCCCAGCACCUGAUGACCGCAGAUCUGCCUCCACCAGCCAGGCAGCAUCGGAGUCAUCUCCGAGUUCCCAGCUGCCUAAGCACAGCAGCCUGUCCAGCCAGCCCAAGACAGGACAGAGGAAAAGCCCGCGACGUAAAUCCAACCAAGAAGAUCAAGGGAGCAGCCAGCAGGAAGAGGGGUACUCUGGCAGAAGGCAAUCCAGGCAGCAGAAGGGCACAGGCCGGACAAGAAGUCGCUCUCCCCUCAAGGGUCGUGCCUCAAAUUCCCCCAGCCAGCUCAGAAGACCACCUGGCAGCAGACGCUCUCCAGCCUCAGGCGUUGGGAAGAGCAUGUACAUCUCUGCCAGGCAGGGGGCAUCCAACAAUUCCCCGGGGGCUGCCAACAUCAGAUGCCCAAGCCAGGGACAAAACCAGUCCUCCCUACAAGGACCGGCAUCAAAUCCCUCGAGCCAGCCCCAAGGACGCCGUGCCAGCUCAGAAGACCACCUGGCAGCAGACGCUCUCCAGCCUCAGGCAUUGGGAGGAGCAUGUACAUCUCUGCCAGGCAGCGGGCAUCCAACAAUUCCCCGGGGGCUGCCAACAUCAGAUGCCCAAGACAGAGACAAAGCCAGUCCUCCCUACAAGGUCCGGCAUCAAAUCCCUCGAGCCAGCCCCAAGGACGCCGUGGCAGCAGAAUUAGCCCGGCCCAAGGUGCUGGGAGCAGCACCCAGAGCUCUGCCGGACCGGUGGCGUCGAGGUCCUGCAGGGAUUCCCAGCUGCCUGAACGCAGAAGACGUUCCAGUGUUCUGCAGCGAGGGCAGAACCAAGAUCGAAGCCGUUCCCCACGGGAUCGUCGGCCUUCCAAUUCCCAAAGACAGUCGGGAGGAAGCCUCAGCCCCCGUUCCAGGCAGCAGCGGCCAUCUCAGGCACGAUGCCACUUCCGGGAGCAGCCCUGAAGAUCCUGCAGGAGCAGCCAUGGACCAGAGGGAAGAAAAAGAAGCGUUAAUGGCUUACGAGCUGGUCUGGCACGGCCCCGUGACUAUCGAGGCAACGGACUCGUGGGCCCCAGGAGAAGCAUACGGAGAUUGCAGACGGGUCUACAAAAACUACAAAGCAGCGGCAACCAUCUGA